AUGCAGAUUCCGGCACUGAGGUCUUUCUCUUUCUCUAAUUGUCCGACGGCAAGCGGUGUCGGUAACGCACUUGCCGCGUUUGCGUUUGUAAUCGCUACUGGAAGCGUUGAAGAAAUGAAUCGAAAUCAAAGAAGAAACGUUCAUCAGCCUCAAGGCGUUGGGAGACAGAUUCCAGGAUGUUUGGGUCGGAUGGUAAAUCUAUUCGAUUUCGGAACAGUUAGUGACGGGAAGAAAUUGCUCACUGAGAAUCCUCAUUUUGAUGAUGGGAGGAAUCAAUUUGAUCAAAUAGAAGAUGAAGUUGAUGUGAGGAAUAGUAAUGGAACACCGAUGAAGAAGCUUCUAGAACAGGAAAUGUCGAAAGAGAUGGAAUAUAACCUCGGUUCGACGAAUUUGGUAGCCAAGUUAAUGGGUCUUGAUUCUUUUCCUCAGACACAACCUGAUGCACCUGUUCGAAGGAGUACUAAUAGCUCGAAGUCUCGGCUAAAGAGGUCGUUAAGCCAUGGGGAGUACAAAGAUGUGUAUGAGAUUUGGGAGAAACCUUGUAAAUUAAGUAAUGGCGUGGAAGGUUUAAGCAAGAAGAAGAUGGACAUUGUCCGUGAGAAGUUCUUGGAGGCGAAACGUUUGGUUACAGACGAUAAACUUCGACAUUCAAAGGAGUUUCAAGAAGCUAUGGAGGUUCUGAGUUCCAACAAGGAGUUGUUCCUCGAGUUUUUGCAGGAGUCGAAUAACUACUUCUCCCAUCACCUCCACAGUUUCCAGCACUUGGCGCCACAAACACCGGAGAAGUCGAAGAAGAUCACUAUCUUGAAACCUUCUUCAAAGACCAUUGAUGAUGAGAAGUUAGGAAACGAAGCAGCCAUUGACGGUAUGAAGAGUGAGAACGGUCUUUGUAUGUUCGAAUGGCCUGUUGAAGAAGAAGAACAUCCUACGACGAAGAAGAAAUCAACUCGGAUAGUUGUUCUGAGACCUAGUGGUCAUGUCACAAAGGCUUCAUCAUGUCCAACUUCUCCAAGAGUUUUUGAGGAGAGAGAGUCGAAAGAUGUGGCUAGGAGAGUGAAGAAGCGAGAGAUGCUUAAAGAAGAAGCUAUACAUUCUUCAGUCUUCUCCAACGACGAUAGUUCUGUAAACAGAUUUGAGAAUGAUUAUGCAGAUGAUUCUGAGAUCAUGUCACCGGUUUAUAGGCAUUCAUGGGAUUAUAUCAACAAGUACGAUAGCCCUUUCUCUUCUUCUCCCUUUAGUAGAGCCUCAGAUUCUCCUGAGUCUUCAUCGGUCUGUAGAGAGGCCAAGAAACGGCUUUCUGAAAGAUGGGCAUUGAUGGCAGCAUCCAAUGAGAGUUUGCAUCAGGAGGAGGACGAAGUUAUCCAGAAGAAAGGUGGUAAUAGUACUUUAGGUGAAAUGCUUGCACUUUCGGAUUUAAAGAAAGAUCUUAGAACUGAAGAAGAACAAGAAGAAGAAGGAAGCGAUGUUAAUGAAGAACAGGGUCAUAGAGUGUCUGCAUCUUGCUUAGCUGGUGAUUUCAGUAGUGAGGAAAGCAAUUUCAAAGCUUUUAAAAGGUCAAAAUCUCUUCCUGAAUCAUCAUCGACAAGUCUUGGUCACAAAUCUCUUGAUACCAACAAGAGCAAAUCCAAAGCUCCUGAGGAGUUGACAAAGUCAAAGAGCUUGAAAUGGAAUCUGAAAGGUAAAGUCUCAAACUUUCUCUUCUCAAGGAACAAGAAAGCCACUAAAGAGAGAUCUUCUGAGGAAUCUGAAAUCUUGGAUUCUCGGUGUACCGAUGAGUUUGAUGCCUCGUCUACAAGAAGCACGAUUUCUCGAGAGGCAGGCUUGUCGAUUGCAAAGUCAGCAACUUUUGGAAACUAUGAGCCGAGUCCAAAUUCGGUUUUGGAAACUUCUUUUGAUGAAGAAGAUGGAAUCUUUUUCAGUUCCUCUGUUUUGAACAGAGCAUCAUCCUCUUCUCUUGAACCGGAGAUGAGAUCCAACUUACUAGGCAAAUCGCCUCCGAUAGGAUCCAUUGGUCGGAGUUUCUCAUUCGAAGACUCGACAGUAUCUCGUUGCUACUCAUCGAAACGCUCUGUUAAUUCAACAAGAGACGAGGAAGAAGACUUGCGUCUCCUCAUCAACACACUCUUAUCAGCAGCUGAUCUCGAGUCAGAGUCAUCAUCGCCAUCGUCAAUCUUGGACAAUCUUUUGUCUAAAUGGCAUUCCGUAGAGAGCCCAUUAGACCCAUCACUGCGAAACAGCUACGCGGAUUCAACGGAGCAGCAGAGACUCGGAUCAAACGUGAAGAAGCUAGCGUUUGACCUCGUCAACACGCUGCUCUUGGAGCUAACACCGAGCUAUCUCGGACCUCGUAGCUCCAUGGUUCUUCUCUCCGGUAAGACGUUGCGGGUUUACUUGAUAAACCGGAUGCAAGAAUGUUUAACCGGUAAUGGGAGAGUGGAAGAUCGGUGGUGGGAUGAAGACGGAGACUUGAGUAGCUUGGCGGUAAAUAAAGUGGUGAGGGUUGAAGUGGCGGAGAUUGGUUCGCAGGAGAGUUUGAGAUUGGAGAUGGAUUCAAUGGGAGAGGAAGUAGAGUUGAAGUUGCUUGAGGAAUUAGUGGAAGAGGUUUUGAUGGAUUUGUCUGAGGAACACAAAUUGUUUAUUUCAAGUGUUUGUUAAAUCAUAUGAAUGUAUAUUAUUAUUGUUAUUAUUGUUAUAUGGUCUUCUCGUGUGUAUAAAAAAUAUGGCGAAUCUCUAACAUUGUAUUUUUUUUUUUUUGGUUUCUGUUUUUGGGUGAACGAUAAUGAAAAGUAGUGUUAUAUUAUAUGGAUUUUUAGAAUUAAUCAUAAGACUCGGAAAUGGUUUAACUAUUCAGUUUUGAGAUAAAAAGUUUCACAAAACAUUUUUAGGUGCAGCU